GGAGCGAUGUGACGUCUGCAAUCAUUAAAUUGGCGGCUAGUUAGAAUCGUGGUUCCUGCGAUCGGAGUUCCGCAUCGCGAACUGCGUCGAAUCUGUGUGUAUAUAAGAUCGCUCUCGGCCCCUGUAUCGGUACACACUCGUCAAGAUACGAAGAUCGAAUAGCAUCGACAACAACGCAUAAGUUGAUAUCUUCUGAAAAGAAUCGUUUCGUCUUCCUAUAAGGUUCACUCUUCUCAUCGACCAACAUGAUCCACGAAGCGACAGUUCUGCUGCUUUGCCUUUGCCUCGCACCCACGGUGCCGGCUAUACCACUCGGACGUUUUAAUAUUGGAGGUUCACUAGGUUCGUUGCAUCAGAUCCGUCAGGCGAGCGACCCGAUCGGCAGAACGGCGACGUCGCUGAAGAACAACUUUCUGAGCUCGUUCUCCCGUAACGCACCGGUGCCGAGAGGAACAACGUUCGGGAGAAAUACGAGAGGUGGGCCGAACCAGGUGGCAGUAGACAUCGUGGUGCUGCUCGAUAGCAGUGGCAGCGUCGGCUCAACACACUUUGCCCAGGGAAAAACCGUGCUGAAGGACAUAGUCGAGUUUAUGGACGAGGAGAAUGGCGUAUCAUCAGCUGGGAUUCGCAUAGGUGGCAUCGUGUUCUCGGAAACCGGAAAGACGUCGACAAAAUUCAACUAUCUGCAACACCACGGGCAGAACACACUCGCCAAUGUUCAAGCGCAGAUUCUGGCGAUACCAUUCGACAAUGGUGGCGCCACCGCCACGAGAGUUGGUCUCCAGCAAUCCCUCGAUAUGAUCAGUACAUACGGUCGGACCGGUUCACAGAAAUCCGUUUUCGUGUUAACCGACGGUCAGUCAAACCAAGGCGGAGAUCCGUGCUCAAAAGCGGCAGAGAUGAGAAAUCUUGGCUAUGAGAUCUUCGUGUGGGUGAUUGGAAAGAGCCAGUCAAGCAGCGCCCAGAAAGAGUUGGAAUGCAUUGCCAACGACGCCAACCAUAUAUUUAAGAUCGACACGUUCAGCAAUGCGGUAGAAGUGACCAAACGUCUACGCGCACUCUUUUAUAACUAAAUUUACAGUCGAACUGAAUUUUGCUCAGUCGAAUCGCUUUCAGCCAUUUAUACUUUUAGCUAUUUAUAUUUCUAUCGCUAUUUAUACUGACUAAUAAUGUAAAGGCAUAGUCAUAAUCAUUUGUAUGUAAUGGCAUUUCUUAUCAUAUAAUGCUGAAUAUUAGUCUGUAUUUGUAUUUAAAAUAUUUGUGCGAGUCCCGCUGUCUGUUCGGUUAAACGUGCUUGAUGCCGAUAUAUCUAUGUCUAUCUAUAUAUAUAACUAUAUCUUUAUUGUGAAUAAAUCUAUUCAUUUCUAA